AUGCCCCAACUCCCAUUCGAGAUUCUUGACGGCAUAUUGGAGGAAGGUCUCAAAGUUUUACCUCUUUCUUCCCUUUCUUCACUUGCACUGACUUCACGAGGCUUUCGAAUUUACGCCAACGAGGCCAGAUUUUCGACACUUCUUCCUUACAAAGGACACGUUGGCCAUGAUUGUGAUGGGACCAUUCGCCGGCUGGAUAGUCUCGCAGAUGUGAUACGAACUGGCCACUCAAUACCAACGCUACCGGGAGUUGGUGACUUCGUAACCUCAUUCCAACUGAAAGUAACAGGAUACGCUACUGCCCUUCAAAGGGUACUUGACAGCCAAUCCAUCCCAUUUAUCUUCGCCAAUAUCUUUCGCCCUUCACCUCUAUACACUUCAGUGAAUAAACCCCGGUCACUUAUGCUAUCCCUGCACCCAUUUGAGUGGGGCUACUCAAGCGAUGUGCGAAUUCAUUGGAGUAUGCUGCACGAUGGAUUUCGUGGAGAAUUUGCCAACUUAUUAUGCCUCUCCGAUUUAGACGAACUGCAUCUGCGCCAAAUAAAGGGUGUACCAUCAUCUUUUCUCCAAGGAUCUAAAGUCAAGCACCUCAAUUUUCGAGGCGUCUCUCUGCAGUCUUCUGUUUCAGGCAAAUCCGCGCCAAUAAAUCUGCAGUCGCUUUCUAUUGAUCACUUUAUAUCGUUUCAAGAUCUAGUUCAGCUGUGCUUCAAUAGCUCGUUUUCACCACCACCACAGUCGUUCAGGAGCCUUACAAAUGCAUCGCUACAAGUCAACCACGCUGAGGAUAUGGACACCUUGAAUGACAUUCUUGGCAACGCACCUCACAUUCAGCACCUGGGGAUUUUGCUUCACUACAUGGGACCCAGUGAGUAG